AUGACCUGGUCCACAGCGGAAUCUGCUGAAGGCAGGUUUCAAAGGCCUUCGGAGGCGGACGGUCGGUCGUGGAUGGUCCUGGUGGACUUCGACGAAGCCUUGGAGGCGCACGAUGUAGAGAACUGUAGUAAAAUAUUAAAUAAACAUCAGACUGAUGACGAUGUCCAGUCUACUUCGAAUUCUUCUGUGUUGUCUUAUAACUCUUCUCUGCAAACAAGACGUUUUAAUCCCGUUAAUUCUGCAUCUUUUCAACGUAAUUCCUUUUCAUCUAUAGGCAAAAGAUCUAUAAAUUCUGAUGAUAAAGAGAAUAAGACACUCGCAGAAAAGCUAAAUGAGAGAGUGUAUGUUCGAUUAGAAGAAAUUAAUAAGAAGCUAGAUAUAGUUCUCAUGAAUCAAGGGAGGUUUAACAGGUCUCUUCUCCCAAAUGAAAAAAGGUUUCAAAAACCUGCAAAUCUUCCAGAUUUACCUAUUAAGACAGAAGAUCAACUAAACUUGUUAGAAACAUAUUUACAAGAUGAUAACAAUUUUACAAGUAUGUGUGAUUAUUUAAGUUCUUUUAUCAUAUCCAAGGAUAUAGCAAAAUCUACUGUAAGAAUUGCUGUAAAACUUCUUACAAACUCGGUGGCAUCUACAAUGAGUUUUAAAGGACAGAACAAAAAAAAACCCUUUUAUAAAUUAAAAAUACGGGAGGCUAUACAGGGUUCAUUAUUGAUUAAAUUUGACAAUAUAUUACUUUUCGAAGCAGAAGAAACCAUGAAAUCAUGGUUGGCCAAUGCCCCCUGGCGCAAACAAGAUGAUAAAGAUGGAAAAAGAACAAAAAAAACUAGAUAAGAAAGAGAGAAU